UGUUAUAUAUAGGAUCGUUAUCGACGCGCGAGCAGUGGCAGCUGUACACGGCAGUAGUGGCAGCGCAGAUAGUAGUAGGCACCACCUGUGUGCCUCGCGCUAGCUUUUAACCCGCAGCACAUCACGAGAGCGAGAGAGAGAGAACUUGGCCAGUCGACGCCAGCAGCAGUAGCAGCAGCAGCAGCAGUGCCAGAGCUUUUUUCUUUCCUCCCGAGUGCGCUGCCGUGUUCGUCGCUUCUCCAUUGCUCUUGGUCUACUGGUGUCGACGAUAGAAGUGUGGGUGCGCGCGGGCGAGUACCUAGCCUCGAGUUUAUUAUUUAUUUUUUUUUCUUCUACUGCUGCUGUCGAGUGCGUCGAGUUUGUCGCUCGCAUCUGUUGAUCGAGUCCAGCUAUAACCAGUGCAAAAGCUCGAACACGACUCCAAGGAUACACAACAAAUCGUCGCAUGGGCAGUCGAUCUAAAAUGUUGCUUCGUCCCCGCCGCGAUGUGGCCGAACGAAGACAUUGAAGGGUCAGCCUUCGAACUCGAGCUCAAGGUGAAAGGCAGCGAGAUCCAGAAGCUGAACGUGAUCGAGACUCUGCCGCAACUGCUGAGCGAGGAUGUGCAGCUGUGCGUCAAUCACGUGCUGCCCAAGAUCCAGCAGCUGCUGCCGGGCGCCGCGGCCGAGAUCCACGUGGCGGCCUCGCUCAUCUUCCGCCAGAUCCUCGAUCAGCGAUUAUGCAGCCAUGCCUUCUUCGCCGAGCACUUGUUGCCGAUCGUGCUCGGCUCUCUCGACAGUCGCGAGCCAAAUAUCGCCAACGCCUGGCUGGAGACGACCCUCGACGCGAUCGAGGCCCUGCCGCUGGAGCACUUCAAGCGCAAAGUGCUGCCGAUCGCCCAGGCCGGGGCCCAGUCGUCGCAGAGCGUCAACACGCGGAUGACCUCGUGCCAACUGCUGGGCAAGCUCGCCACCCGCCUCGAUCCGGCCUCGCUCAGGGACGAAAUCCUGCCUGCCGUGCAGUCGCUAUGCCGAGACACGAACAACGACGUGCGGGCCUGCAUGUGUCUGCAGCUGCAUCUGCUGGUCAAGGGCCUGAGCAACGAGGACUCGUCCAAGCUGCUCUCCCUCGUCAUCGAGAUGGUCAACGACGAGCAGAGCAACGUGAAGCUGGCGGCCGUCCGUACCGUGGGCGAGAUCGUCUUUCUGCUGCCCUCCGACACCAUCAAGGACAUCAUUCUGCCGCUGGUCAAGCUCACCUGCGAGAAGGCCGUCAAGCCCGACAAUCCGCUGCUCUGCGUCAUCGCCAAGGAGUUUGGCAAGUUUGCCCUGGGUCUCGAGCCCCACAUAACGGCGGCGGACAAGGCCUGGUUCCUCAAGUACUACAUGCAGCUGGCGCAGAUGCAGUCGGACCCCGCGAAGCCCCCGAACCUGCUGAACGACCGACUGCUGGACUGCCGACGCAGCUGCGCCUGGAACAUACCCGCCAUGUUCUUGUUCGCGAGCGGUUCGGGGGCCGAGGGCAGCGGUGCCGGGGCGGCCAUCCUCGUGCCGACCUUUCGCCAGCUGGCCUACGACUCGCACUUCCUGGUGCGUCGCUCGAUCGGCCUGGGCUUCCACGAGGUCGUCAAGAUCCUCGGCGCCAAGUGCGGCCUCGUGCGCAACGAGCUGCUGCGCCUGCUCAAGGACGAUAGGGAGGAGGUGCUCGAGGGCCUGCUCGAGCACCUGGACGAGAGCCUGGAGCAGCUGCAGCAGCACCAGCUCAUUGGGAGCGAGUCGAGCGAGAUGCACACGAUCGAGCUGGGCAAGUCGCUGCUCAAGUGCGAGGCCGAGCUGUCGCUGUCGAAACGCUGGCGGCUCUCCGUGGGCCUGUUCAGCCAGCUCGAGCGGAUCGGGCCCAAGUACCUGUCGAGCGACUUUUGCUACAGCUACCUCGUGCCGGUCUGCUUCAAGCGCAUCCUGCACUCGAGGCCUCAGCCCGUGCGGCUGGCGGCGGGCCGCACACUGCUGCAGCUGCUGCGCUACAAUCUCAAGUCGCAGUACCGCGCGGAGAUACGCAGCCAGCUGAGGCGCGAGCUCUGCAAGUCCAGCCACUGCUACGUGCGCAUGAACUACAUACACACGAUGCUGCAGGCCGCCAAGCUCUUCUCGGCGAGCUACUUCAAGGAGCACUUUUGCGCGGAUCUGCUGUCGCUGGCCGACGACCCGGUGCCCAACGUGCGCAUGAAGCUCGUCACGCUGCUGCCCCAGAUCAAGGCCAUGCUGAGGCUGCCCCAGGACAAGAAGCUGCUGGCCGGCCUCGAGGCUGUGGUGGCCAAGCUGCUCAACGCCGAGAAGUGCCGCGACGUCAAUUGCGCCCUCAUGGAGGCCAUGCGACACAUGGAGCAGAUUCAGCUGCGCGCCGACAAUCAGAGCAUGCUGAUGCACAAGUACGACCCGGAGGACGCCAAGAAGUACGAGGAGGAGAAGCGGCUCGAGGCCAUGAUCGACAUGAGCAAUCCGGCCCUCAUGGAGACUCUCAUGAAGAAGCCAUCGUUGCUCGCGGGCAGCAAACGAUCGGCCAACGUGUCGAGCGAAGGCGGCGGCGGCGGCGGCCCCCUGGCCGUGAACCAGCGAGCGUCCAUCAUCGCCGGCAACAACAAGGCCAACCAGCUGCAGCAGCAGCACGACUCGGCCCUCAAAUCGGCUUCGAGCGCACAGCCAACGACGACUCGUUCGGGCAGGCCGCCGCUCGUCAGACAUUCGCGUUUGUUCACAGAGAACGCCCUGAGGAGUAGCCGCGACUCUUCGAGCGACUCCACGGCCAGAGCCACCACGUCCAACAACGAGAACUGGCCGAGACUCGCCGGUCAGCAGUCGCAGUCGCAGCAGCAGCAGACGGCCAGCAGCAACUGGGAGCGGGGCCAGCGCUCGAACAGCCCGUCCUCGGCCGGCUCGGCCUACGACUACCAGCCCCAGAAGGUCCAGUGCAGCUGUUACGAGCUGUCGGAGCGGCCCUCCUACGCCAGUCGCUCCUUCGUUCCGUCGUCGGCCUCGAGCAGCUACCACUCGCAGUCCUCGAUCGACGCCUCGUCCUCGUCCUCGUCCCAGCAGCAACAACAGCAACAGCAGCAGCAGCACUGCUCCUGCCUCAACGGAUCCAACUACCUCAGAACGACGAAUCUCUUCGGGAGCAAUAAACAGCAGCAGCAACAACACGAUUACGGCAGAUCGUCGUACCUGUCGCGGGUCUCGGACGCGACCAACUGGCAGCAUCAGCUCGACUACCCGAGCAGUCGCAGCGGCAGCAGCAGCUUCAGCAGCGGCAAAUACGCCAUGGCCGAGCUGCACUCGCACUACAAUCCGCACUGGGCCUUCAGCUCGAUGCCCGAGAUGCCGCUGGUCGACGACGAGUUCAUGGUCGACGCCGGCAUACGCAUACCCUCGCAGCUGGCCACGGCCCAGGCCAGCGCCAAGAUACCCAACCUCCAGGACAUCAUUUAUCGCAACAAUCGGCUAAGCGGCGACCGGAUGAUACGUCGCAGCGUCACGGCCUUCCCCCAGAGCAGCUCCAGCAGUGCCAGCAGUAGCAGCAGCAGCAGCCGCCAAGAACCAAGCAGCGAAGCCAAGAGUAGCAGCGCCACCGGCAAGGCCUUCGGCUUCGGCGCGGCCAAGCGCUUCUCCAUCGACUACGAGGAGAGCACCAAGCCGUCGAGCUCCGCCGUCGGUGCCGCCGACCAAUUGGGGGGCCUCGGCUCGAACGGCCGAUCCUCCUCGUCGACGCGCUACGACGAGUCCGGCCGGGGCUCCUCCAAGGCCAGCAGCCUCGACGCCAGAUCCAAGAGCGACAAGGCCCGCGACCGCCGGCACACCGUCAACUACACCAUCAAGCUGCCCAGCCCCAAGGAGCUCAGCAAGCUCAAGUUCAAGCGCUACAACGAGAUGCCCGAGUUCGGCAGCAGUGGCGGCAGCAGCGGUCACGCCUCCUCGGCGGUAGCGGGGGCCGCCGGGGGAAACGGCCGAGCCCUGCGCCGCCUGGCCACCCUCGACAUCAAUCACAACCAGGGCAACCUCAGCAAGAUACCCGUGCGCAGCUUGCAGGGCGGCAGCAGGACUGCCCCGGUGACGCGCACCUCCAGCCCCAUCCGCCUCGAGUCGGACCUCUUCGCCAAGGUCAUAGUGUCGAGCUCGUACGGGGGCUCCGGUGGAGCAGCCUCCUCCUCGUCGACGUCCUCGUCCUCGGGCGCGGCCGGGGAGGCGGCGGCAUUCGUCGCGAGCUCGCAGGACCGCAGGCUGCGCAGGUUCCGCUCGAGCGACGAGGAGGUCGAGAAGCUCUGCGACAAGUUCUGACAGCAGAAGUAGCACCAGCCGUCGUCGUCGGCCAAGGGUGACUGAACUCGCCGCUCUGUGUUCGCAAGCUCCUCCGACACAUAUCUCUCUCAUCUCGAUACCGUAUACACGUGUAUCCGUGCGAAUCUCGGGACAAGAUUUUUUUACACUGCGACCUGACCUAUGCGAGCGUUUUCGGAAACACGAUCGAGCGAUUUUGCUAUAUUUACAAGUUUUAUUAACGGGAACAUUGCUGGCACGUAUACUCGUGCUGCUGCUGCUGCUAGUUCGAUUUACGCGCAUGCAGUCGUGUCGUUCCUUUUUUUUUUUCAACAAAAACGUCAAAAAGCACGUGGAUAAUAUUAUUAUUUAGCAGCGAUGAUUUUGACUAUCGUUUUUCUCUCGUUUCUUUGUUGUUAUACAUAUUAUAACGUAUCGUGGCUUUCGUAGCCGAGAGCGCUGAAAAGCUCGAGUACUAGCCGAUGAUGUCUAUCUAACUCUCCGCACACUCGAGCUCGAGCUUUUUCGCCUGCAAAAAGAUCGCACGCAUCUGUCUCUCUUUCUGCUGCGUCGUGACUCGUGCGAGGGAGAAGAAAACAAACGAUUGCGAGAUAUCUUUUGUGUGUCUCUCUCUCUCUAUUGUGCCUGAAAAUCGUCGUUGUUUUUAGUAAGGAGAAAAGUUGUGUACAUCGUAUAAAUAAUUUAUUAUAUCUAUAGCUGAGCAGAUAUAGACGUUUGUCGUUCCAGAACUAUAAAUAAAUGAAAAAAUAAAAAUAUGUAUAACGUAGGAUUCGAUGACGAUGCAUUUUUACGAUACGUGCGUACGACGUACUUUUUUUCUGGCGUUCGGAAAGCUACAUUGAUCCAAGCGCUGAGCAAAAGAGCGAGAAAAAGAGUAAAAAGAAGUACAGAAAAAACAAAAUUGUUCCGACCUGUGAUUGUUUGUUAUUAGUGCGUUAUUUUCGACAACUCGCAGGGUAUAUUUGUUUAAAAAUAACCAAUGUGUCAAAUCUCAUUGCGGGCAUUGUAAUAUCGUUUGAGCAGUGUAAUUCGAUUUUCCACAUUUUUCUCAACUUUUUCAAUGCGAAUGGCCCAAGUUACGCUGUUUUUUCAUAUGUAUUUAAGAAAAAGCUCUCGAAGCUGGCCUGCGUUAAAUAAUGUCAAGCUACUGUGCGACGAAAGCUGCGCUGCGGGCUUUUCAUCGAGGAAGACUGUUAGAUAGUUUGGUAAAGUGCUGGUUUUACACUAUAAAUAAGUAAAUUUUCAGAAUUUCCAAUUAAGACUUGUAUAAAGCAACAUAUGUAUAGUUAUACACAACGCGUUUUUCUGUAUAAAAAAAAGUAUAAGAAUCGAAGAAUGAAUGUUUGCUGCGCGAACGAGUAAAUCAUGGCAAAAUAAAAGAGGCCAGAUAGAGGUAAUUUGAUAUUUUCCAAUGAUAGGAUGAUCAAAUGUAGUGAAAAUCAUUUUGCUAGACGAAAAUUAAUUGUAUUACAGAAAUAUAAAAAAAAGUAUAAAUAUAUACAACACUUAGUACUACAUAAACAUACACGCAUACAUGUAUAAACAAUAAGCUGUGCUUGUUCGUGUGAGACAUAGAAUUUAAUAAUAAUACUCACUUAGUUGUUAACUUAUUCAGCGGUUGCAUUUUCACCUUGUAAUGUUCUGUUAUUGUACCUAAAGUUUAAAAGCGACGCAGAGAGUCGCGUGUGUCUGUAUUGUGUGACUCAACGAAUAAACUCGAUGUUCGAGAUUUUGAAAAUAACUUUACCGACGAAGAAAAAAAAACACAAAUCGAAGCCACUGUUGUAUGCGUGGAUCGCAGGCUUAUCAUACGUAGAUAUAUACCAAAAAAGCUAUAUGUAUAACGAUAUUGGUUUUUGACGGAGCGCUACGAAUAAUUUUACGUUUGAUAUGUAUACUUCGCUAACACCAAUUUGCUAUGCGACGAAAAAAUUUACCAAAGAUGUUUAACACAAACAACACUUUAAAUGCGAUAUAUUAACAAGUUUAAAUGUUGUUUUUGCUCCGCGUAUGAUUUUUUUCUGUGUGCUUUUGCAGAAUCGUGCGAGCGCGUAGAGAGGUUUCUUUCAAAGAAAAAAGACGUGUACUGUCAAGCAAAUACGAACUCUUUUGCCUCUAUCACCUGGCAAAAAACCGACCAUUUAUUAAGAGAAGACAAACCUGGCUGGGCUGGGUGCAGCUAAUUCACCGGCAGUGCACAGCACAAUAAGAGAUAGUUGUGUUUAAAUAUCUUUCGUCUUUGUUGAAACGAUUUAUUUUGAAAAAACACUUACGAGUACUUUUUAUUAUUUUUAUAUACUGCAUACAACUCUUCAAUACUCCUGUACUAUAUGGGCGACGUUCUUUUUUCAGCUAUAGCUCAUACGUGCAUAAUCUCUAAAUUGAAAUUUCAAAAAGUUUGCCUUGAAAGAAGCAAUGGUUAGAUUCUCUAAUGUGAUGUCUAGCGUUGCAUUUAGUUACACACGACGGUUGUUAUUUUUAUAAGAAAAAAAAACUGCGGAGAAGAUUAAGCUGGUACAUAAAUUAUAAAAUAGGCAUUCAAGAAGUGCAAAUAUACGAUUGUAUAGUGUAUUUAUAGCGAAACUUUUCGCUGUAGCUUCGAUAAAUAAAAAUUAUACGAUCGCUUCCAAAUUAAAAUUAGAGCAAUGCACAUAAUACACGAAAGAAAAAUAAAAAUCUGUCUUAGAAAGAAAAAUAACUAAAUAAAAUAGGGAAUAUAGAAGUACACACGCAUUUUUUUGCUUAAAUCUUCGGAUCGAUGCUCUCGUUUGCGCAAAUAAAAAUAAAAAAUAAAAAUAUAAUAAUCGUGUAAUCUAGAGAAAAGAUUUACAUAUACAUACGACGAUGACGACGACGAAGAUGACGGAAAAUUAUAAAUGUAUACGUUGAACUUUGCACGCGUGCAAGUGCAUGUGCUAUAUGCAUAUUAAACGUGCACUGCACCUGCAAAGUCGUAUGCUUUGAAUACUGCGCUUUAUUUUUAUAUAGAUCUACAACAAGAUUAUGUAUAUAAGGGUACGGUUAAGAAUUUAAAUUGAAAAUGUAUUAAUAGAAAUUAUUCUGUGCCAGAUUAUAAGGGAGAAAAAAAUCUAUUAGAAACAGAAAAAAUUGAAACUGCAACAUUGUACAUGCUACGUAACGAUGUAUCAACGAGAAAAUGACAUUCUUCUUGAAGCGAUGAAAAAAAACUCAUUUUUAAUCGUAAUAAAAAAACAACAAAAACAAUAAUAAUUAUAAUGAUAAAUAAAUAAUAAUAUAUAUAAAAAUAAGCUCAUUGAUGGAGCCUGUCGAUGAAAUCUAUAUAUACACAUACGAAAAAAGUAUAAGUUCAGUUAAUCACUGGAUGGCCUGUCACUUAUAAAUAUAUACACAUUGUUUGAACGCCUCUUUGCGUGGAUGGGUAAAUGAAUGCUAUUUAUUUCAUUCUCUGAUCUUGAAAACUUAUAAAUCAGAACUACGUACAUAAUAAAUUAUUUUCAUUCAUUAA